AUGUUCCAUUUCGAUGUCUAUAAUUGCAAUAACGUGACAUUAAGUCAUGUAAAUAUAAUUGCACCAAGUGAUAGUCCCAACACCGAUGGAAUUCACAUUAGUUUAUCGUCAAAUAUUCGAGUUUUCGAUUCCAACAUUGGUACUGGAGAUGAUUGUAUAUCUAUAUUUGCUGGAAGUCAAAAUGUUAAUAUUUCUGGAGUCACUUGUGGCCCUGGCCAUGGAAUAAGCAUUGGAAGCUUAGGGAAUAAGCCAAAUGAAGUUGUGAAGGAUGUACAUGUGAAAAAUUGUACUCUUAUUGCUACUCAAAAUGGAAUGAGGAUUAAGUCUUGGGCAUCAUCAAAUGUUGGUGAAGCAACAAGUAUUAGUUUUGAGGAUAUUAUAAUGGACAAGGUGAAUAAUCCUAUUAUUAUUGAUCAACAUUAUUGUCCUUCACAUACUUGCAGUUUUCAGAAAAGCUUAGUGCAAAUCAAGGAUGUGACAUUCAACAACAUAAGAGGAACUUCAAAUUCAUUGGUAGCUGUGUAUUUCAAUUGCAGUUCUUCCUUGCCUUGUCAAAAAAUCAAUCUUAAUGAUAUUAAUUUGAUUACUGAUAAUAACUCUAAACCUACAAUUGCAUCGUGUGCUAAUGCUAGAGGACACGCCACCGGCAUCGAGUUACCUCCGAGUUGCUUAAAGCCUGCUCUUGAAUCUUGA